CCUUCUCCUCCCAGAGCCUUCUCCUCACUCCACCGAGCUGGCUAGCGACAAGCGCGACGCCUUCGUCGGCGAUGCCGGCCUGUGCCUUGAUGACGGCGAGGAGGCGGCCGUGAGCAGCAAGGCAGUGGUGGAGGAGCUGUACCGCGCGCUGGAGCGCGGCGACGUGGAUGCCGUGCGCCGGCUGCUGAACCCGGACGUGGACUGGUGGUUCCACGGCCCGCGGGCGCACCAGCACCUGGUGCUCAUGCGCCUGCUCACCGGCCGCGGCGGCGUCCUCCCGUUCAAGAUCCGGUCCCUGGAUGCGUUCGGGCCGACCGUGCUGGCCGAGGGCACCGACGCGACGGGGGCGCUCUACUGGGUGCACGCGUGGACCGUGGGGCCCGGCGGCCGCGUCACUGAGGUGCGCGAGUACUGCAACACCGCGCUCGUCGUGACGAGGCUCGGCGGCGGCGGCGGCGGUGCCGGUACCGACGCUGACGGCGCCGCCGCUGCGGCGGAGAAGGCGAAGGCGCCGUGCUCGCAGUCUCAGUCGAAGCAGGUGUGGCAGAGCCGGCUGCCCGACCAAGCUCGUCGGAACCUCCCUGGCCUCGUGCUUGCCAUCUGAUCUGAUCAGAUGCGAAUCAUCGUGCCUUGUGGACAUCAGCUGAUCUGCAAUGUUUCCAAUGUGGUUACAGGGACAUGAAUGAAUCAAAUGCCUAUAAAAAAGCAAAA